UGACUGCUAUCCGGGGGCGCCAACGAUAUCACUGUCUCGAGGCCUAGUUCAUUGCCUACAUGAAUGACUGCUGGUGUUUUUAUAUCCGUACAGCAUCUUGCCUGAUCCCGAAGAAGCAUCUGCACAUAAAAACUCGACCAAAUAUCACCCAAAGCUUUUUGAGACAUCGAGCUUGGAGAUAUCUAGGAUGUGUGGCUGUACCCUCUAUGACUCACCGACAUGCGGUCACUCCUGGCUUUCUAUGAGCCAGCCCUGUGGCUUUCUCUCCGAUUUCCUCAACUGUCCCUAUCGCCAGACUUACCAGACUCUGAUUGCACCACCGUACACAUGUCCAACGUGCAAUGGCGGUUUUGCAGACCAAGAAACAAUCGAAAUGGUCCAGGGCCCUUGGGGUUGUAAUCAGUUACUUCGAAAUCAUGUUGGGGGUAAUCAUGCAAUUCCAGGUCAAUGGGGUAAUGUUCAACUGGCUCUAAGUGGACCAGGAGGCGCUGCGAUUAGUUGUGUUGCAACAGCUGGCAGUGCGACUCAUCUAUACAACAUGAGACAAGGCUUCACACACGAUUAUAGGCUUUCAGGGCCAUAUGGAGCAGCGAUCAUUCCGAAUAGACCGAGACACUACGACAAUGGGUGUUAUGUGGACGGCAGGCGCAAGAGAAGCAGGCAUAAAAGUCAUUACAAGUACAAGUAUACUGAAAAGCCUGCAACAAACUGCACAGUUAUGUGAGGGCUUUUUACGGUAGAGGAUGAGGGCACAAGCUUAUUCGGAGAGUCAUCGUUAGCUAGUUCAGCUCAGCGA